UAAUAAUAAUAAUAAUAUAAUAGUAAUAUAAUGUGUAAUAUUAUAAUAUGUACAUUAUAAUAUGUAACUACAACAACAAUACCUUGCAACAACAACAAUAUUAAUAAUAAAAAAAAAACCCAGAUACCCAAGGUCCCCAGGGUGCUCAAGAUACUCAAGAUGCUCAAGGCGCCAAGGUACCCAAGACACCCUAGACACAAGAUACCCAAGGCGUCCAGAAGGCCCUAUAUACCCAUGGUACCCAAUAUACCCGCCCAAAACACCCAAAGUACCCAGGACACAAGGCACUCAAGGCACCAAAGAUACCCCAAGGCAUCCAAGACACUUAGGACCUUGAGACACUUGAUACACCAGAGAUACUCAAAAUAGCCAACAUUAAUCCUCAAGACUGUAGUUCCUAAAAAAUAAAUAAAAUAAAAAUCCUUUGAAGAAG